GCGCAGGCGCAGGCGCAGGCGCAGCCGGAUGAAAGUCGCUCUUGCCCGCCCUCCGUUUUCAACCAACUGAAAACCGAGAAAAGAGUACGGCAAAAGUCAUUUUCGGAGAAGUGGGACCACGCUUUGUGGGCUGCAACAUGGAGGCGACCGGUGGAACUGAGGAGUUGGUUUCCGGGGAACUGGUGUCAGUGGCACAUGCUCUUUCUCUCCCAGCCGAGUCUUAUGGCAACGAUCCUGAUAUCGAGAUGGCUUGGGCCAUGAGAGCAAUGCAGCAUGCUGAAAUCUACUACAAACUGAUCUCAUCAGUUGACCCACAGUUCCUGAAACUCACCAAAGUGGAUGACCAAAUCUAUUCUGAGUUUCGGGAAAAUUUUAAGAAUCUCAGGAUAGAUAUACUGGAUCCAGAAGAACUCAAAUCAGAAUCAGCUAAAGAGAAGUGGAGGCCAUUCUGCUUGAAGUUCGAUGGGAUUGUGGAAGACUUCAACUAUGGUACUUUGCUGCGACUGAACUGUUCACAGGGCUACACUGAAGAAAACACCAUCUUUGCACCCAGGAUACAAUUUUUUGCCAUUGAAAUUGCUCGGAAUCGAGAAGGUUAUAACAAAGCAGUUUAUACUGGUAUUAAGGACAAAGAAGAGAAAGAAGCCAGCAAUGGAGGAGACAAAGGAGCCGCCAACAGAGAAGGAGAAAAAGAGAAAGAAGCCUACAAAGAAAUCAACAAAAGUAGUGAAACAACUAUGUGAGGUAGUCAGGGAACAGCACUCUAGAAGGUAUGAUUCAAGUGAGUCUGCAAGUACCAUGUUGCUACUUGCACAGGUCCCUAUGGUCAAAUGUAUUAAUAUCUCCUUUUUCAAUGGAAGGAUAUGCAGAAGGACACCUUUCUGGCCUAAUUAUCAGAAACUGCAGUGGUUGUUCUCUUGUGUGAACUGACUUGAAGACUAUUAGUGGGGUCUUAGUUGAUGGUUUGUUGGUUCUCACCACCAGUCAAGUAAGAAAUUUUGUAAAUAAAUUUCUUUUGGUUCUUAUGACUA